AUUGCAGUAGGCUAGGAUCUCCGUUCGUAUUCGGUAACAUCAAGGAGUUAGGAAACUGGGAAACGCCUGUCAAACUUCGUCAAUCUACUCGUCGAACGCCGCACGGUGUUCACGAUACUUAUUGGUUUUCCGAACCAAUUAAGAUUUAUCUUUCCGAUCUUGAAAAUAUUCCGGAGAUAAGGUACAAAUAUGGAAUUGCCAUCUCGCAACAAGCUAUCUUGCGCAAAAACGUCGAUGUCAUUUUAGAAGGUUUUGAUGCUCAAUACGAGCGUGUUCUUUGGUUCCAAGGUAGUAUUAAUCAAUACGACGUAUGGGAGAAUAACGAUUUGCUUGCCUUCGAAGUUAAAGAUUUUGCUUUCUUGGAUAUCAUAUAUAAUUCAUUGAAUGCCGGAAAUUUAAAGGAGAAGAUCUUUGAAUUUCAAUUAAUCCUGGAAAAUCAACGUUCCCAUCUGGCGACUAUACCCUUAUACAAAUUUAUAAGGGAGCGCUUUUCCGAUGCAAAAUUGAAGGAACAGAAACUUUUUUUACUUGUUCUCUUAGGCUACCGCUCUCACUUUUUUUAUGAGCGAAAUGACAUUUCGGAGUCAAUGGCCCUGAAAUUACUCGAUGUGGUCAAGCAUAUUCGCGAAGACACUUACCCUUCAGACAUAAGUCGCAUCAUCAUAAUGGCGAUUGAUCUUCUGGUGCGUCUUAGUGCGCAUAGUGGGUUCAGCAGUGAAAAAAACCUUUAUUCAUUUCUCAAUGCGUUCAAAGAAAGAGCACUUCCUCAUCUUGAAAAUGUUGACGAAUACACGUACAUUAGGGUCAUGAGGUGGUUAGUCAAAUUAUGUCAAAACAUGAAAUCUCUCGUCUUGGUUUGGAACGAAUUUAUUUGUCAUAGCGAUGAGAUGGAUGAACAACUUCAGCAUGCUCUCACUGAACGAGUUCGAUCGAACAUAGCAGUAAAUUAUGACAUUGUUCGUUUGGACGAACUUUUAUCUGAACUUCCUGAGGGUCUCGCGAGAUUGGUGGUCGACGCGUUCCGUGACAGGGUACUUUCGCAUUUGCGUAACGGGCGUGCCGUACGUUCUUGGCCAACAAGGCACUUUAAUGUAAUGUGCAAGUUUUUGGAGAAUUCGGAAUUAUUUUGGACUUUCGAAGAUUAUCUCUCUUCAUUGGAUUCUCUUUCUCAAUUCGCGGACAUUGAUAUGUUGGCGUAUUUUAUUCCACAAUUGGAGAGAUUUUUGGAGGAAUGCGGAGACUUUGAGGAUGUCCAUGAGGAAUACCCUCAGAUUUGUAAACGUUGGUAUCAAAAUCUCUUGAAUCGAUUAUACAGUGCUUCUACUUCUUCAGCCAACGUUGAGAACAAGUAUGUAUUUUGGGUUUUUCAAUAUGCUGCAAGACUUCAUCCUCUUAUUAAAGAGAAUAAAAAGCUGUGGAGAAGCAUUAUUACGUCUGCCAUCAACGAAGUGAAGAAAUGCCCCGCCAGUUUGGUGUACAAAACAAGUGUAGAUGUAAUUGAACUUGGAGAGUCGGUUGUAAAUGAGUUUAUCCGACACGUCAAAAAUCUGUUGAGUGGCUCCGUUCAAAGUGCGGAUGAACAGCUUCUGAAUGUGAUCAGGCAGAUUUGUCGCAGUACGGGGGAGGUAGUGAUAAUUCCUAACAG